AUGACGAUGCUCAAGGAACCCAUCAAGAAGUACAAGCCCUUCAAGCCGCCUCGCCUGCAGAACCGGCAAUGGCCUGACAAGGUCAUCGAGAAGGCCCCCCGAUGGCUCUCUUCUUGCCUUCGCGAUGGCAACCAGAGUCUGCCCGAUCCCAUGAGUGGCGAUGAGAAGUGGCGUUACUUCAAGAUGCUCUGCGAUCUCGGCUACAAGGAAAUUGAAGUCUCAUUUCCGUCUGCGUCACAAACCGACUUCGACUUCACCCGCCGCCUCAUCGAAACCCCAGGCGUCGUGCCCGACGAUGUGUUCCUCCAGGUCCUGUCGCCCUGCCGUCCCGAUCUCAUCCGCAAGACCGUCGAGUCCGUCCGCGGAGCCAAGAACGCCAUUAUCCACAUCUAUCUCGCGACAAGCGCAUGCUUCCGACAAGUCGUUUUUGGCUAUACUGAGGAACAGACUCUGGAACUUGCUGUCGAGUGCGCGAAGCUCGUCAGGUCUCUGACCAAAGACAACCCUGAGGCUUCCGGAACGAAUUGGCAGUUUGAGUUCUCGCCUGAGUGCUUCUCCGACACGGACCCCGAAUACGCUGUGAGGGUAUGCCGCGCUGUGAAGGCUGCGUGGGGCCCCGACGGAUCAAAGGGCGAUCAGAUCAUUCUCAACCUGCCCGCUACGGUCGAACUCGCGACACCUAACAUUUAUGCGGAUUUGAUUGAGACUUUCUGCAACAACAUUGGUGACAGGGAGGACGUGUGCAUUUCUCUGUUAGUACAACCCGACAUGCUGAAUACUCUUGGCGCCGCUAACAAAGAACAGGCGUUGCAGCGGCCGAGUUGGGCCAGAUGGCUGGAGCUGACCGUCAACGGCGAGAGGACGGGCAACGUCGAUCUCGUCACCCUCGCGCUGAACCUCUACACCCAGGGUGUCAGCCCACAGAUCGACUUUUCCGACCUGAACUCAGUCAUUGACAUGGUUGAAUCCUGCACCAAGAUCCCCGUCCACCAGCGUGCUCCUUAUGGCGGCAGUCUCGUCUGUGCCGCUUUCUCCGGCAGCCAUCAAGAUGCGAUCAAGAAGGGAUUCCAAAUCCGCCAGCGCGACGGCCUUUCAGUCGAAGACCCAUGGAACGGCAUGCCCUACCUGCCCCUGGACCCUCAAGAUAUUGGUCGCAACUACGAGGCCAUUAUUCGUGUCAACUCGCAGUCUGGAAAGGGCGGUACCGCCUUCAUCCUGCAGGCCAAGCUGCAGCUCGAUCUCCCCCGUGGCCUUCAGGUGGCGUUCUCCAGAGUUGUUCAGAACCGCACCGAGGAACUUGGACGCGAGCUCCUGGCCAACGAAAUCACCACCCUCUUUGAGUCCACGUACUUCCUCAACGACAACCCCCACUUCAGCCUGGUCGACUACAGCAUCAGCCCAGAUCGCUCGCAAUCACCCGCGCCCGCGCCCCCCGGCAAGACUCAGGACACGAAGAGCUUGAGACGUAUCUUCGAGGGCGUGAUUGUUAUGAACGGCGAGGAGAUCAAGCUGCGCGGUCGCGGCAACGGUCCCAUCUCGAGCAUGGUCGCCGCUCUGCGAGCUGUGAACAUUGACUUUGACGUCAACGACUACAAGGAGCACGCUAUUGGCGAGGGCCGUGGUGUCAAGGCCGCCUCCUACGUUGAGGUCAAGCCCACGGGCAGCAAGCAGACGGUCUGGGGUGUUGGUGUCCACGAGGAUGUCGUACAGAGUUCGCUCCUGGCCGUGCUGAGCGCGGCGAGCUCCUUCAUUGCGAGCCGACCUACCAGCCCUACCCUGAACCCCGUGGCGGUUCCCGUCCCUCAGGCGACGCCAAAUCUCAUCUCCGUCUUGGAGGAAAAGGCGAAUGGCAUGUAA